AUGACCCCGCCAGCGGAAACGCUAGCGAGCCCGCCGACAAGCCCGCGAGCACAUACGCCAGCACGCCUGCGAUUCCGCCAACAAGCCCGUCACCGGCCCGCCAACGCGCCAGCACCUUGCGCGCCGUCACCAGUCGUGUCCCCGUCCCCACCCCGCCCGUCUCCCGUACGCCACCCGCAUCUGCACGACCCGUCCCUGCCCCGCCUGCAUCGGCCGCGUCAGCAACUGCCAUUUCGUCCCGUACCCGCACUGUCGCUGCCCCUCCCCGUCCAUCCCUCGUCGCGCCUUCCCCCUCUACCGCGCCUGCCUAUGCCGUGUUUGGCGGUGGUGGGUGUGGAGGACAGUGGGGGCGGUGGCGGCGGGAAUGGCGGGAGUGGCGGGAGUGGCAGGGUUGGCGGCUCAUCUGCAGCAACCACCACCAUUCAAGCUCUUAUCAUCCCUCCGCCCCGUGUCUCCCGUGCUGCUACCCCGUCGUUCCCGUUCUCCCGUGCUCCCGUGCGUCCCGUGCUGCCCCGUGCCAGUCCGUUCCAGUCUGUGCCCCACCCGUGCUGUCCGUACCUGGUUGUGCCCCACCCGUUUCACCCGUGCUGUCCAUACCUGAUUAUGCCCCACCCGUUACACCCGUGCUGUCCGUACCCAGUCGUGCCCCACCCAUUUCACCCGUUCUGCCCGUGGUGCCCCAUUCAGCCCGUGUCCUGCCCCGUUCUGCCCGUGCUGCCUGUUCUGCCCGUGCUGCCCCGCUGUGCCCGUGUUGCCCCGUUCUGCCUGUGUCCUGCCCGUGUUCUGCCCGUGACUCUGCCCAUGAUUCUGCAUGUACUGCUGCCCAUGAUUGUGCCCGUGAUUAUACCCGUGUCCUGCCCCAUUCUGCCCGUGCUGCCUGUUCUGCCCGUGCUGCCCCAUUGUGCCCGUGUUGCCCUGUUCUGCCUGUGUCCUGCCCUUGUUCUGCCCGUGAUCCUGCCCAUGACUCUGCCCAUGAUUCUGCCCGUACUGCUGCCCGUGAUUGUGCCCGUGACUAUACCCGUGUGCUGCCCGUAUUUUGCCCGCGUUCUGCCCGUGAUCCUGACCGAGAUUCUGCCCGUGAUUCUGCCCGUGUUGUCGCCCGUGAUUUUGCCCGUGAUUCUGCCUGUGAUCCGUGCCCCGUGUGUCGUGCCCCCUGUGUCCUGCCCCGUUCAGCCCGUGUCCUGCCCCGUUCUGCCCGUGUUGCCCCGUUCUGCCCGUGCUGCCCCAUUCUGCCCGUUUGUGCCCUACCCGUGCUGUCCAUACCCGUUGGUGCCCCACCCGUGCUGUCAGUUAUCGCUCGUGCCCCACCCGGUCUGUGCUGCUCGGUCCCGUGCUGCCCGUCACCCCCGUGUGGCCCGUCCCGUACAGCACCUAGUUGCUACCCGAACCCGCUACCCGUACCCGUGCUCCUCGCACACCGUGCACCUGCUGCGGGGCGUUCAACCGCAGCCGGGCACCUAUUCCACCGCGGUGGUUCAGAUGCUGCUUGGUGGUUGCUGCUUGUCAGCUUCAGAGGGGGCCCCUUGCUGGUGUUCCCACGCCCUGUAA